AUGGGCGGUUGCAUCGGAAUCACUAGAAGCAGGAGCGGGCCUAUCGAAGAAUCGUCCGGGACUGUGUCACGGCCCAAUUCCGGCGCGCUGAGAAAAAAUCAGUCGCUGUGUCACGAGACAAUUCGAUGGAAGUCAGACGUGCCAUUGACCGAGGGCCAGCUGCGUAGCAAACGGGACGAGUUCUGGGAUACCGCGCCGGCGUUCGAGGGAAGGAAGGAGAUCUGGGAUGCACUCCGGGCGGCAGCGGUGGCCGCCGAGGCCAUGGAUUUCCAGCUGGCGCAAGCUAUACUCGACGGAGCCAGCGUGUCAGUGCCCAAUGGCUACCUAACAGAAUGCUAUGAUGAAUGGGGGACCAGAUACCAGGUGCCAAUCUACUGUCUGUCGCCGCCGAUAAACAUGGUGAAGGAGGCGAGCGGGCGGGAUUCGCCCGCCGAAUGGUCCGAGCCGGCGGACGGGGGCGCCGCCCUGGCGCUCCGCCUGCGCCUCUCCACCACCUGCCGCGACGUGGAGCUGCAGGUCGGCGCGAGGCACACCAUCGCGCACUGCAAGGCGGAGCUGCACGCCCAAGAGGGAAUAGAGGCGUGGCGCCAGCGUUGGUUCUACGGCGGCAAACUCCUCGGCGACAGGCUGCUGGUGGAGGAGGCGAAGAUCACGCCCGGCUACGUGGUGCAGGUGAUCGUGAGCACCGAGCCGCGCCCGCCCAGC